AUGGAUCUGAUGGAGAUCGAUGACAGUGUACAUAUGAAGAAGAGCCUCACCAAGGAUGGCCUUGUCACCAAAGUUGAUCUUCAAGGAAGAAAGCCCCCCUCUAGACGUGCCUUUGUGUGUCUCGGAUUAAUGUGCACGCUCCUUUUUGCUGCAAACGUAGGACAGUUCCUCUACUAUUACAUGUUCAUCGGUCCCAUGUCAGAAGACCUGAUUCAGACUGCUAACAGCACUGCAGAACAGUUAAAGGCCACAUUGAGUAACUUGACAAAAAACAAAGAGCAGCUUCAGAAAAGCUACAACAUCUUAAAACAAGAGAAAGAUCAGCUACAGACAAACUACAAGAAUUUGACUCAGAGUAAAAAUCAACUUGAGAACAGAUACCAAUCAAUGUCCACUGACAACGAUGCUUUGCAACUCUGUUGUAAUACUCUGCAGAGAGACAAAGAUCAGCUCAGGAGUGAUUACACUAGUUUGGAAACAGUUAAAGAUCAGCUAGAGAAGAGGGUUGAAAAAGUAAGAGGUGACCUGACAAGAGAGAAAGACCAACUGCAGCAGAGAUACAACACCAUGAAACAAGAGAAAGAUCAGCUUCAAACAAACUAUAACAGCAUUCAGAACAAUCUCAACAACGUGCAGAGAGAAAACAAUGACUUGCAGACUCAGUUUAACACCAUGAGAACAAACAGAGAUGAGUUACAGAGGAGUAAUGCUGCACUGAAGAAUGAAAAGGACCAGUUACAAAGUCAGUACAAUACUUUGCAGAGGGACAAAGAUCAGCUCAGGAGUGAUUACACUAGUUUGGAAACAGUUAAAGAUCAGCUAGAGAAGAGGGUUGACAAAGUAAGAGGUGACCUGACAAGAGAGAAAGACCAACUGCAACAGAGAUACAACACCAUGAAACAAGAGAAAGAUCAGCUUCAAACAAACUAUAACAGCAUUCAGAACAAUCUCAACAACCUGCAGAGAGAAAAGAAUGACUUGCAGACUCAGUUUAACACCAUGAGAACAAACAGAGAUGAGUUACAGAGGAGUAAUGCUGCACUGAAGAAUGAAAAGGACCAGUUGCAAAGAAACAAAGACAGCUUGCAAAGCCAAUUUAAUACUCUGCAGAGGGAGAAAGACCAGCUGAGGACCGACUACAACAGUUUGACUCAAGUUAGAGAUCAGUUACAGCAGAAGGUCAAUACACUAGUCAACCCUUGUCCAGGAGGCUGGAGCAAGUUUGGUUGCAGCAGUUGUUUCUAUGUUUCAACUGAAAGACGUUCCUGGUCUUCAAGCAGAGACUACUGCGUCUCCCAAGGAGGUCGUCUGGCAAUCUUAAACAAUGAGGAUAAAAUGGUGUUUGUCAAAGAGUUGAUGGGAUCAGUCGCUUAUGCCUGGAUCGGUCUGACUGACAGUGUUCGUGAGGGGACCUGGAAGUGGGUGGAUGGGUCCACUGUCACAACUACAUUCUGGGAGGCCGGGCAGCCCGACAGCCAGGGAGGAGACCAGGACUGUGGAUCAAUUUGGAAGGAUGGCUGGCAUGAUGAAGAAUGUCCUCAUGCACAAAUGUUUGUGUGUGAAAAAGCCCUGUAG